UAUAAAUUGUUCUAGAUUUAAAUCAUAAAUUAAAUUUGAUGACAAGUAUUUCAAUCAAAAUAAAACACGGUGCAGAUUAAAUAGAAGCAAUAGAGAUAGAUCCUAAUGCAACAGUGAAGGAAUUAAAGGAGAAAUUGACACCGAAAUUUAAUUCUGAACCUUCUUAAAUGAAGAUAAUAUUUUAAGGUAAAAUUCUGAAAGACAUUGAUGUUCUAUCAGCUGUGAAUGUAAAGGCAGAUUCAACAAUGCAUUUAGUUGUUACAAAAUGUAUAAAAUAUAAAUAAAAAAUAGAAUAAAGUUAAUAGCCACCAUAAUAAGCUCCUGCUCCAUAAUAAUAAUAACCUUAAUAAUAGCCAGUUGGAGGAUAAUAAGGUCUUGGAGGUAUGGGAGGUGCUGGAGGUAUGGGAGGCCUUGGCGGAAUGGGUGGUUUUGGAGGUAUGGGAGGACUAGGUGGACUCGGUGGAAUGGGUGGACUAGGUGGACUUGGUGGAAUGGGUGGAAUGGGAGGUAUGGGCGGAAUGGAUCCAUAAAUGAUGAUGUAGAUGAUGUCAAAUCCUGCAUUCUAGGCUUAAAUUCAAACUGUAUUUAUUAUUUUUAAAUAUUAUAGAUGAUGUAAAAUCCAUAAAUUAGAUAACAAAUAAUGUCACAUCCUAUGAUAGCUUAAAUGUUAUAAACUAACCCAUAACUUUAAUAAAUAUUUGAUAAUCCAUAAUUAUUUUAGAUGAUGAUGAAUCCAUAAGCACUUUAAAUGGCCAUGUAAGGCAUGGGCGGAAUGGGAGGCCUAGGUGGAAUGGGAGGUUUUGGUGGAAUGGGUGGAAUGGGUGGAAUGGCCGGUUUUGGCGGAAUGGGAGAUCAACCUAAUCCUCCUAAUCCUAAUAAUGCUUAGGUUCCACCUGUUUCAGGUAAUUAAAAUGCUUAAAAUCCAUUUGGAGGUCUUGAUUUAUAAGCUAUGAUGAAUAUGAUGGGAGGAGGUAUUAUUAUUUUUAUUAUUUAAAAUAGGAGGACUAGGAGGACUAGGAGGAGGUCCUUAAUUAACAACUGAAGCUGCUGAAUAGAAAUAUGCUACUUAAUUACAAUAAUUAUAAGAAUUAGGAUUUACUAAUAAGUAAGUUAAUUUAGAAGCUUUAAUUGCCACUGGGGGAAAUGUUGAAGCUGCUGUUGACAGAAUCUUAAAUAUGAUAGGUCCAUCAUGAUAUAUUAUUA